UCUUUUAAUAUUGUAUUUUUCUAGAUGAAGAUCAUCACAAGAACUUGUUCAGAGAGAACGUAGUAAGUCGAGACUAAUAGAAGGUAGCACUAGCCAGCUAUACAGCUACAGUACAGACAGUACUUGAAUGGCUACUCCAAGUGAACAAGCUAAGGAUAAGACUGACUUUAGUGGGGACAGAGACAAAGGGAGUGAGGUGGUGGGAGACCUGUUUACAAAUCUCCAAGAUGUUGAAGUGGGCAUGAAACUGGAAGCUAAGGAUGUUUAUGGGAAAUGGUACAUGGCCAGAGUGGUGGAGGUAGAACAAGACAAAGGCGAAGUUUUGGUGCACUUUGAGCGCUGGAACUCACGUUACGAUGAGAACAUCAAGAUAAGCAGUAAGCGCCUGAGGAUACUGCCCCCAGACAGAAUGGCCAUGCUGCAGAAGGAGAGAGACAGACGAUACAGGAAGAAGUUAGAUGUUGGUGACCUGGUACAAGCUAGGUGGGAAGAUGGUCGAAUGUAUUUUGGGCAAGUUCAACACCUCUCUGAAGAUGAGGUGGACGUUCUCUUCGAUGAUGGUGUAAAGUACAAAGCUCCGAUAUCUGCAGUCAGAAAAAGAAACCACUCCUCUCGGUCAAACCUCUCCAAGAGCUCCCUCUACGAGAGUGACAGCAGUCAGACGCGCAAUUCUCGUUCGCUACGGGCCCAGAAACGUCACCGAAGUGAAGACGACACUUCCCAAACCUCGUACUCCUCUCCUCCCAGCUCCCCCGUUUUUAUGCCCUCGAAGAGACAAAGAAUUAGCGACUCUGAUUCAUCGUAUUCUGAUUCAGACUUCGAUGGUGGUAGUGGUCCCAGGUCCUCGAAUGAGGUUCGAAGGAAAGUUUUACAGAGGAGAGGGCUAGGAAAAAGGAUCACAAUAUCGGCUAGUUCUGACAGUGAAACUUCCUUGGGCUCUACACCGACUAGAAAGAAGAAGAGAUUCAUCAUUGAACAUAGAGAAGCGUACAAACUCAGAAAGCCAACUCCCAUGCUGUCUACAGUCAAAGAGCACUCUGAAAUUAACAAGGCCUCAAUGAUUGGAAAGCCUUUGCCUAAAGAAGAACCACCUGAGGCAAUACACAGUCCUUCUCCAGCUGUGUCUGUCACAGCAUCAAUGGAGGGUACUAAAGAUGUGAAGGCUGUUGCAAAGAACACAAAGAAGGGUCCUGCUAUGGCUUUAAGGCCGCGGGCACAGGCAAAACUUGAGAAUGUGUCUGUAAGAAAGGCUGAGCCCAGGAAGUCAGUGAAGAUGGCCCCCAAAGAGAUGCCCUUGAAGGUGGCCCCCAAGGAGAUGGUGAUUGUCUUGGACCAUAACGAGUUCAAAUGCAAGAUCACAGGAUGCAACAAAUCUUUUCGUAAGGACUCUCUGCUCCAGUCUCACAUCAAGCACUAUCACAGCAGUUAUUAUAAGUCUGUCAUGAAACAGAAGCCCUCAGGUCACUCUGCUGCUGGAGACAAGAGGGUUAAGAUGGAGGCUUCAGAGUCUCCCAAGGUUCCUGCCCUCACUGACAAAGCCAAAAGUCCGCCAUUAGAGUCACCACGAACACCAAGCGUCCCUAAGAUAUCACCGAGGUCUGCCAAUCCAAAGAAAAAAGACAACGAUUCUUUAAACAGAAAGCAACAAAAAACUGCCGACUGUGCGGACGAUAGUGAGGCUACUGUGCCGGAUGGUAACCAUAGAGACCACCCGUCAGCCCAGCUGGAGACCACACCCACCAACGCUGUCAGUACUCCAAAACAAACGCCAAAGACGAGCAAGAAAUCGAGUGGUUUAUCCGUGGCCGGCCACCCUCUGAAGAUACCCUUGGUUGAGAUUAAGCCUCUGUCAAGGGAUGUUUUCACAUCUCCAAAGAAAAGCUUAAAAUCGAAUAGUUUGUCGAAAUCUGAUGUUGAUCCAACUGGGAAGGUGUGUGUAGUAGGGGGUGUGGUCUCUGUGGGGGGUGUGUUGAACGAGGCGAAUGAUGUGGUCCAUUGCGUGUGUGGGGACAUGACUGAUGAAGGGUUUAUGAUACAAUGUGAGGAGUGCCUGUGCUGGCAGCAUGGAGACUGUGUGCGGGUUACCAAGGCUACCCUCGCUGAUAGGUAUGUCUGCUGCUACUGCACCAAUCCUCCAGGCCUCAGGAACAGACUCAGAUAUCAGUUUGACAAGGAGUGGUUCAGCGCGGGGUCUCUGCCGAGUUUGUCAGGUGCCCCCCAGUUUCCACACACCUCCACCAUUAAACACACCCAUCAGCUCACAGACACUCUCUACCAACUCAGGAAGAUACUGCACAGUGCAAAGGUCAAACUACAAGCUGUUAGUCGUGUCAACCACCCGUACAUGCGGCAAUGGGCUAAAGAAUGUACUCACGUUGAGAAGAAAGAGCUCAUUUCGUACCUCAUCAAGUCUCUAGUUCCAAUCUCGUACACCCCUGAACAGAAGGAGGCGUCAAAUGAACAACCCCCCACAAACGGAGAGACGAAAGACGAUCAGUCGAGUGGCAAUGGAUUUCAAAAUGGAGACAAUGAUAGCCACUCUCAUGACAGAGAUGAAUUCGACGUGGCCUCGCUUCAAUUAGACCCACUCCCUCAGGCUAUAUCUCAGUCGUCUUUGAACGGGGCAGCCGGAAAGACUGCAGCUGGUAGUCCAGACCCAAAGACCCUCAAGUUAGCACCUCUGCCUCCUCUCAAGACCGAAAGCCUGCAACAACUCACAACAGAUAUUUUAAAGAAAUCUAUCGAGCUCUCUGUGGUAAACUCAAACAAGGCAGCCAGUGGAGCAAAUCCUUCAAAUAGCCGUCAAGCUGACGGUAAAACCAGUAAAGCACAGGCUCACGAAGUAGUCAACAAUGAGUUUGGGGUACAAGAACUCUCAGUAUUUGCUCUCUCCUCGUCUCAAACCCCACCCCCCUCAACCAGCACGCAAUCUCUCACUCCUAGCCCAUCUAAACUGGUCUCAAUCUCUCGCCCUACCAUCGUGACCCCCAGUGCACUCGGUGUGACCACCCUCUAUUCUAACUCCACCCCCCUCACGGCCGGCCCCCCUCAAACACUGACCCCCAAAUCAUUACUACUCGGAUCGUCAACCCCCAAACUAACUUCCACAAUGGACUCUGUCUCUCUAGAGGAGUUUGCUGAUGCUUUCGUGCAGGGAGACACUACCAACUGGUAUCAGAGGAUGAAGCUACUCGACCACAUUGAGUCUGUGCAGGAGAAGGCCUACACAUGCAUGGAGUCACUUGAGUCACAACUGGAAGAGUUGCCCCCUGAUGCUGAGGGCCUGGAGGGGAUCGAACAGCUGUUAGGGCAGGUGCAGACUACAAUGUCACAACUUAGACAAAUUCAAGUAGCCAAUCAAGCAUGAACUUUGAACUGUGCUGAUACCCUUUUAGUAGAUUUUUCUUUAAAUUAUUUUCAUGAUCAACAUUUUCUUGUAACUACUAUUAAUUUUCCUAUUGGAAAUAUUUUCUACUAAUUACGAUGUGUGCAUGUAAUGGUUUAAGAAAUUUCGUGAAUUGA